CAGCCGUGCCGGGGACUCCGAUAACGCGACGUACCGGACAGAGCUAGCUCGUCACUCACGUCGCGAACCGCGUCGACGAUCGUCCCUCGCACUUCCCUCAAUUAGAGGCAUACGUACGCGCAAAUACACCGUACGUACGUACGUUUAUUGGCACGCCGUAUAUAUCGAUCCGAGUACAGAAAUCGUUCGCACGCAAAGGGCGAGCAAGAUAAACGGAGGGAAAAGAACGCGAGGGUAAAGGGGGAGAUUUGAAAUUCAAAUUUCGAACGCAAUUUCGCUUCUACAUUCGCGAAUAUCAACUUUCCCGGCGGCGUCGAACGUUUCGCGUGAAUUCGCUGAUUUACUUCAAACUUUUUUCGACUCGAAAAAAAAAUAAAAUAAAAUAAAAUUUGCCGAUAUUCAAAGACGGGAGCAGGCUCCCGUUUGUCCUUCGCUCGGUGAACGGAGAGGAGGUGCGAUAAUCGUUGACCGAGUAAUUCGAUCGAAAAACUUAAGAAACCAACGAACUCGGAAAGUUUCGUUCGCAACAAACGUGCGGAAACGAGAAACGAGAACAGACUGAAUAAAAAGAAAAAUAAAAAAAAAACCAACCUCAUAUUCGUGUGAAAAAAGAAUCCCCACUUCUUCUUCGUCUUAUUCUUCCGCAACUUCGAAUCCCCUGCCAGUCGGUAUUCUACCUGUUGACCAGAGACCACCACCGCAUUCCCACGGGACCUACAACGUUCAACUUUAUCACUAUUUCGAAGAGAAAUCAAGAUUGCGGGACGGGGAAGUAUGAUGAAGAGCCGUCAUCAAUUUCGUCGGCGUUUCAGCCUCCAACCGUCCUCGCUCAAGGAGGAACAGGAGAAAGAAUUGCCGAAAAAUAACAGCAGUACGGAGAGAUUGUCCGCGGCCAGCGAGAGCGAGGGUAACGGUACGUCGAAGCAAACGGAGAAUUCGUUUCGCCAUAAGAUAGUGGUGAUGGGAGCAGCGAAAGUUGGCAAAUCGUCCAUAAUAAGCCAAUUUCUUUACAACACCUUCUCGCCGAAGUAUAAGAGAACCAUCGAGGAGAUGCAUCACGGUGACUUCAACGUCUCCGGUAUUCAAUUGACUCUCGACAUCCUCGAUACUUCCGGUGCCUACGAAUUCCCCGCGAUGAGAGCCCUCUCCAUCUCUUCCGCCGAUGCCUUCAUCCUCGUCUACGACGUCAACGAUUCCAAUUCCUUUCUGGAAGCCAAGGUUCUCCGAUCGCAAAUACUUGAAACGAAAGGAUACGCCGCGGUGCCGAUCGUCCUCGUGGGGAACAAGGUCGAUUUGGCCGACGAGCAUCGCGAGGUCGACAAGGAGAGCACGCAGGCGUUGGCGACGGUUGAUUGGGAGAACGGUUUCGUCGAGGUAUCGGCGAAAGACAACACGAAUAUAUCCCAAGUGUUCAAGGAGCUCUUGAUACAGGCUAAGGUGAAGUACAACUUGAGCCCAGCUCUGCGUCGUCGUCGUCGUCAAUCUUUACCGCCACCCCAGCAUCUGAGCAACAAUUCGACCAGAGUAAGUACCGCCCAUGUUCCAUCGCCCUCUCAAUUACAACAUUUACAACAGAUACGCGAGAGAAACGACGCAAAAAGGAAUUCCUGCGUCCUCUCAUAAUCUGCAUAAAACUCUAGCACUUAUUUUACACGUACAUACAUUUAUAUAUAUACACAUAUAUUGUAUAUUACGCUAUUUACAUUGAUAUAUAUAUAGACUGAUGUUUCAAAUAUUACAUUCCCGAAAGUUAAUAAUUAAAAUAUACAAAUAUACGGUAUACCAUGUCGUAGAGUAAUCGAGGAAAAAAACCACCAAAAAAAAAAAAAAAAUGAUUCAUAUGUAGCAGAAAUUGGUCAAGGACGAGAAAAGAACACGAUAAUCACGAUGUAUAAUCGUUAAUGAAUGUAAACGAUGAUCGUGACGCACGAUGAUUUAUAUCGGCAAUAUCUCACGUCUGUAUAGAUAUAUUGAUGUGUUUAUUAUUAAUAAUCUAAAAUCAAAAAUUUUCACACCAGACAUACCCUAUGUAAUAUAUUAAAGAACAAAAUAUAUACAUACACGUGUAUAUCAUGUACUUAUAUAAAGUGAGCCUUGUCAAAUAAACACGCAAUAAUAGUAUUAAUAAUAAAUAUAUUUGAUCGUAUCACCGUUACGUGAUUGCAAAAGUAAUGACAAAAAAAAAAAACGAUAAAAAAUAGAGAAGAAAAAUUUUGACAAUUUCGUUCAGAAUUUAAUCAUUGCAUGCAACGUGAUUCGUACAUCUUAUUUCUCGAUGCUCAAGAGCUUUGAUUUUCGAAUAAAAGUUAUAGACACAACAUUUAUGCAUACAGGUAUGUCGGAUGUACAAAUACAUCUAUAUAUAAAUUUUAAUAAUUAAAAAUUAUCAUUUCAAAAUUAUAAUCGUAAUUCUGAUAGAAUACUUCGUCGAGUAUAGAUAAAAUAUGUAAUCGAUUCGGUAUUGAAGAAAAAAAAAAAACUGGAGAAUAGCAAAAGAUGGAAGAAAAAACAAUUAUUCUAUGCACGGACUACGACAGAACUAUAUAAUCGCUAGUCUCCCCGAACUAAUAUCGCAUCAAUUUCAUUAUUCUAAUAUUAAUUGCAACCUUAAUUAAAAGAAAAAAAAAAAAAGGUUUCGUCAAAACUAUAAUUUAUCAUUACCGGCGUCAAAGACUGUCGUUCAAAAUGUACCGAUGUCGAGAGUAAUAAAUGAAUAAAAAAAGUAAAAAAAAAUAAAAAAUAAAGAAAAAACGGGAAAAUGCAAAAUGAAAAGACAAAAAAUCAAAUCUAUCGAUAUAUGACUGUGUUUUUACUACUUUUUACUACGACGCUAUUAUAU